GCUUGUGGAGCAUAUUUUUGCGAAGAUGCGAGCAAUAUCCGGCAUUUUAUAAGAACUAUGGCAUCCUGCUGAGUCCCGCCAUCUGUGUCUCGAAUAUAGGCAUAGUCGCGAUAAGAGCCAAAGUUCAUUUCAGUCCCCUUGGUCUUUUCAUCGCCCCCAAUGGCGCCUGGAAUUUUGACCUUUGUGGAGCGGGCAGCGGAGUAUUCGCCAACCAAAGGGUUCGUCUUCUAUAGUGUAGGCAGUGACAAGCCCGAGACGAUCCUAUAUCCAGACUUUUGGCGCCUCGUCAAGCGCAAUGCUCAAACUCUUGUCGAACGCAAGAUCGCUGAGACUGACCGGAUCAUUCUCGUCCAUUUUGACUCUCACAAGGAGAACAUUAUUUGGUUUUGGUCUGUCAUCGCAGCGGGAUCCGUUCCAGCUGUGUCUACUCCUCUUGCGGUAGACCCCGUGGCCAGAGAACGCCAUCUAAACCAUAUCCAAAGACUCCUAGAAUACCCCAAUGUCCUCACCAGUAAAAAGCAUGCAGGUGACCUGAGUCUCAUUGAUGAUUCUCAGAUGUUCUAUAUUGAGGACCUUUCCUCAAGUGAACAGCAAAAUGUAUGUUACAAGCCAGCAGAUCGCUCGACCGACCUCGCACUGCUGCUCCUCACCUCUGGCAGUACGGGUAAUGCCAAAGCCGUGAUGUUGCACCACUCGCAAAUAUUUUCCGCAAUUGAGGCCAAAUGGAAAGCGCUUUCGAGCACGUCUGAGAAUAUCUUUUUGAACUGGAUCGGUUUCGACCAUGUCGCGUGUCUGAUGGAAAUGCACAUGCAUGCGUUAUCCAGAGGCGCUCAUCAAAUUCAUAUGCCUGCCGUGACGGUCCUGGAGAACCCUCUACUUUAUCUCGAGAAGCUGGCAGAGUACUCGGUCACCAACGCCUUCGCUCCCAAUUUUCUCGUGUCCCUUGUUGGAAAAGCUAUCGAAACCCGACAAGAGCAGGAUCCUCGCCCACUGGAUCUGGACCUGAGUCGUCUGCGCAUUGUGCUGUCUGGAGGUGAGGCCAAUCUCGCAUCGACGAGUAUCUUGUUCAAUCGUAAACUGGUCGAGAUGGGAGCGGCCAAGAAUGUGCUCCAUCCAUCUUUCGGUAUGACCGAGACCUGCGCUGGAAUCCACUACCACUACAGCUUCCCCGAGCUCGAACAGAAGGCUAAACUGCAAUUCUGCUCCGUUGGACAAGCAACACCCACUCUGCAGAUGCGGGUCACCGAUGAGCAUGGGGAAGCUGUGAGAAGCGGUGAGAACGGAAACCUGGAGUUGCAUGGCCCGAUGGUCUUCAAAGGCUAUUACAACGACGACAAAAAUACCAGAGCCGCCUUUACUGAGGACGGUUGGUUCAGGACUGGCGAUACUGGGUACAUCGACAACCGUGAUAACCUGGUGCUGUCCGGGCGGUCCAAGGACAGUAUCAUUAUUAACGGAAUUAACUUCUAUUCCCACGAGCUAGAGAAUGCCAUCGACGCAUCCGGACUUGAUGGGCUUGUCCCCUCGUACACAGUUGUGGUCUCAUCCUGGCUUGAGAAUGCAGAUAGUGAGGAUGUCAUUGUCCUCUACCUCUCAAGCCAGAAGGGGACUGAAGAUGACAGAACUUUCCUCGAGACGGUCAAUUCAAUCUCUAGGGUCACCGCCCUUUAUUGUUCCAAGCAGCCGGUGGAUAUUAUCCCACUUCCGGUAGAGCUACUGCCUAAAAACUCCCUGGGCAAGCUCCCUCGCACAAAGCUGAAGCAGCAGUAUGAGGAUGGUCGUUUCGACUCUUACAGAGACCUUGCCGCCCAAAGAGCUUCCUCAUACCGUGCGCGAUCUAAGCGGGCCCCGCAGAACAGCAUGGAAGAAACGCUUGCUGGGAUUUUUGCGGACGAAUUCGGCCUUGAUGUGUCUGAAGUCGGUGUUGAUGACAGUCUUUAUGAUAUGGGAGUGAACAGCGUCCGACUGAUUCGAUACAAGAGGAUAGUGGAGACUCGCCUUGGUUUGACAGAGGAAAUCCCAAUGAUCACGAUCCUGCAGAACCCAACAAUCGAAGCAUUGGCUGUCAUGCUCCAGAAUGCUCAAAGGGGUCCCAAGGCGUAUAACCCUGUGGUUGAACUGCAGAGCGGCCCUUCAAAAUCUCCCCCGAUCUUCUUCUUCCAUCCCGGAAUGGGAGAGGUUCUCGUGUUCCUCAACUUCAGCAAGUAUUUUGCUGACCGCAAAGUAUAUGCUCUUCGCUCCCCGGGAUUCAACCCAGGCGAGAAGAUGUUCACAUCUGUGGACGAGAUGACGGACACCUAUCUCAAGUCCAUCCGGGAGCUUCAACCGGAAGGGCCAUAUAUUUUUAUCGGCUAUUCUUAUGGAGCCAUGAUAGCAUUUGAAACGGCCAAGAAGGUCGAGGCUGCUGGCGAUAAGGUCGGAUUCCUCGGCAGCCUGAACCUUCCGCCGCAUAUCAAGAAGCAUAUUCGGGAAAUGGACUAUGUUGAGUCGCUGCUCCACCUGGUCUACUUCCUCGGGUUCAUCACGGAGGAGGAUGCCCACCUCAUGUCCCCUGACAUGCACAAGCUUCCCCAGAAUGAGGUUCUCCCAGCCAUCAUGAAAGUCUCGGAUAAGGAGCGUGUUGAUGAACUGGGUAUGGACGAGGGAAAAAUUCGUGACUGGGCGAUGUUGUCAUCCAAGCUCCAAGAGCUAGCCCACACAUACGACCCUUCUGGAACCGUGCAGUCGAUGGAUGUCUUCUAUGCCAUCCCAUUGAUUUCCGUUGGCAGGGACAAGGAUGUCUGGCUCAAGCAGCACCUGAUGAGGUGGAAAGAACAUGUCAAGUCAGUCAAGUUCCAUGAUGUCCCUGGGUCCCAUCACACGAUGAUGGCGGAAGAGAAUGUCUUCGCGUUGCACAAGAUUCUCCGGGCGGCUUUGAACGAGAGGGGAAUGCUCUAAGGAAAUGUCGGGUGAGGUUUUCCAGUUGCUUGAGUGAAGACGCGAAUGGUGGGUGUAGUUAAUGUUCGGCGAGACCGAUAAAUGCUAAGUUCACUUGUAAUGUACUUAAUAAGGUUCAGCACCUAAUCUAUAUCAGACAUGAC